AUGCUUUUGCUCGUAUGGCUGCUGCAUUAUCGUGAGGGCCUUGAUCUCGACUCGUAUAAUGCCAACCGGGUUUUCAAUGUUCACCCAUUUCUUAUGUUUUUCGGGUUCAUAUUUAUGAUGGGUGAAGCAAUGAUGGCAUACAAGACGGUGGGGGCAGAGAGGAAAGUCCAGAAAUCUAUUCACAUGUUCAUACAUUUCGUGGCCAUUGUUCUCGGGAUUGUUGGGCUAAAUGCAGCCUUUAAGUUCCACGAAAGGCGCGGAUUAACCAACUUGUACAGCCUGCAUUCUUGGAUUGGAAUCGGCACAUUCUCCCUCUUCUGCUUGCAGUGGUUGUUUGGGUUGAGCAUGUUUAUGUUGUCCGGGGCAACGAACGAGAUGAGGGCAAGGGCAGCACCAUGGCACGUGAAUGGAGGAAGGGUACUUUUGUACAUGGCCACAUGCACAGCCUUGACCGGGCUCAUGGAGAAAGCAACUUAUAUGGGGCUCCACCACCAGAGCGAGGCUCGCCUCAUCAAUUUUUUGGCCUUGGCUAUUCUUCUUUUCGGCAUCUCGGUUGAUCUUUCGGUUUCUCUCGGCCGUUAUGCGUGA